AUCAUUUUAAUGCGCUCAGCACUCUGCGAGUAACAUAAUUUCAAUAUAAAUCUAAUCUUUAAACUGUGCAUGAAUAGGUAACGAUGAAUUGGUAUAAGAAUAUUACGUUUGAAGUGCCACUUUUCCUCUGUUUCUUUAGCUAUUUGUUGAUCGGUUCGCUACUGACCAACUUGAUCUACUACAGAACGUGCUAUAAUAUACUAGGCCAAGACGAGUACCUCUGCAACGAAUUGGGCAAGGAAACGAACGAAAAGGACGUGAAACGCUUGGAAACUGAAGUCCAAUUAUCCGGCAACAUUAUACUCAUGGUGAUGGAAAUGAUGCAAAGCCUCGUUCCCAUCACAACCAACAUGUUCAUUAGCUCUUGGUCGGACAUUUACGGCAGGAAACCCGUCUUACUGCUCGUUUUAUCAGGGAUGACUCUAAGCAUGGUGUUGUAUGGCAUAUUAAUUUGCGUCAAACAACUUUCGCCGUGGUUGUUCCUAGCUGGUUCGAUUCCUGCGAUGCUUUGCGGGGGUUUACCCACUUACCUGUCGGUUACUUUAGCUUAUAUUAACGAUACAUCCACAGCGGAAUCUCGAGGAAUUAGAAUGGCUGUAUUCGAAGCGGUUAUGACUGUCGGUAUGUUUAUCGGAACACUUUCGAGUUCCUAUUUACUGUACGCGACGAAUUACCAAACGUGCUUUUUUAUCUCAGCAGGAUUGAUAGGAUUGGGUUUGUUGUACACGGUGUUUCUCCUGCCGGAGUCCUUGGUGUUCGAGGAACUCGAGGAAAACACGAAUCAAAGAGUUUGUCAUUACAAAAUCAUCACCGGCAUUUUCGAAACGGCUUUCAAAAAGCGCGAAGGGCGCCAAAGGGCUCUUCUAUUUUUGAUUCUCGCCGUUUUAACCGCGACGAAUUUCGUUACGAACGGCGAGAGAACUGUAAAGUUCCCGUUUCUCAGAGAAAAACUGCACUGGACUUUGGUAAAGAACAACGUUUUCACCAGCAUUUCCAUGGUGCUAAACAUGGCCAGUACGGUGGCUGGAGUGUAUUUCUUCUACAAGUUAUUGGAUAUACAAGCUUCGCUUUUGUGUUUCCUCGGAUUGAUAUCGAAUGCGAUGGGCAGCUUUUUCCUCGGAAUCGCCAUUAACGAUUGUUACAUUUACGGAGCAACUUCCAUUGGUCUGUUCGGAACGAUCGUGACGCCUUUAUUGCGAACGGAAUUGGGCGAUUUUAUACCGGCCCAAGAAAUGGGCAAAAUAUUCGGAUUGAUAUCCGCCAUCGGGGGAAUCACCAGCCUGGCGGCGACUUCUUCGUACACUUUUUUUUACAACGCCACCAUCGAAAUAAACACUUCUCUAUUCAAUUUCAUCUCCAUGGGAUUGUACAUUAUAAGCGCCGGUAUCGUAUUAGUUAUCGUUGUGUUGGAGCGCAACUUACCGGAGAAAGGACGCGGGCACGAAAUAGAAGCUUUGUACUCGCAUUGAAAAUAAAAAGAAAUUACUUUCU